AUGACCGACCUGUCUGGGGAUGUGCUGGUUCUGAACACAUUACAAGACAAUGACCGGGUGGGAGAGAGGAAGCGUUUCCAAUUGCAGGGAGGUCAUGUCGACAUUUGCGAAGAGCUUGGCUCAUCCUUAGACGACUCGCCGCUAGAGGGAGCCGAUGUUGCGAAUUUGUCUUAUUCUGUGUACAGUAACACCCUAUGGGACGGCUCGCUGCUUCUCGCCUCAUUUCUGCGGUCCCAGCCGUGGCGUGUGCGGGGUCAGCGUGUUCUGGAGAUUGGCGCUGGAUUGGGCUUGCCCUCCAUCGUCGCUGCUGCCAUGGGCGGUCAUGUUAUCGCGACGGAGCAGUCACCGUUGGACUUGCUUCGUCGAGAGGUUUGUCGGAACAAGGAAGUUGUUGAGGCAGGAGGUGGUUCCAUCGAUGUUCAAGAGUUGGACUGGGCUGAGAGUCCAGAACACGUCAGUCAGCGUCUUGGCUCCUUUGACGUUGUGCUGGGCUGUGACAUUCUGGCUGGCGUCAAGCCGGGCACUGCGCAUUUCCGCCAAAUCCUGGACAUCGUCCAGAGCGUUGGCACAGCUUGGGCGGCAUGCUUCCUGACCUGGGUGCCUCGUUGCGGAGUUGAGGUUGGACGCUUGAUGGCAGCUGUGGAGACUACACUCCCAGGCUGGAAGGCGACGUUCCUGGACGGGUCUGUUCUGGAAGCUGCAUACAGGACUGAUGGUGCUGAGAUGUUGCUUCUGACUAGAUCUCGACAGCUUCACUCGAUGAACGAGCUGGACUAA